UGUGUUUGUGAUUAGUACUUUUUGCGCGCCUUUCGAGAUCAGUUGGUUUUAGGUUGAUGAAAAAAACUUUUAUGAAUUCAUUUAUAUUUUUAAGUACAAACAUAUAGAAUGUUCGCUUCAAUAUGUCUGUUAUAUGUGUUUUAUUAAUUUUUAAUUUAAUUGGAAAUCUUGGAGCACGGCAGCCGGACAUAGAUAUCAACAGAUUAAAACUACUCCCAAAAGAAAACUUCAACGAAGCUUUUCAACCAAGUUAUACACACCAUCGCCGUUCUUUGGAUUUAACCCAAUUGAGUAGAAGCUAUGAUUAUGACGAUAGUAGCCGCGGGGUCCAUGAAUGGCACUCGCCGAUGCACUAUCUACAUGGUGCCUCCUCACAUAAGGCACCGAAAGUGCUCAAAGUCCACGAGUCCCCCGAAGACCCACGCCUCUUCUACCAGUCUGAUGUGUAUCUUAAAGAAAUUAAUCGGCAAGACUUAAACAACGAGGUUUCGUUUAUUUAUCCAGGAAGAGAAGUGAUUCGAGCUUCUGAAAACUAUAUGAAAAAUACACCUAUCCGCUCAGAACGUAUGGAAGCGAAUCUAAUAGCUAAAGAUCACGUGUGCGUCAGAUGUCCUAACGAUAGAACGUUGAUACUGAGGCCUGGCUCGAAUCGUGCCAUUCUUCAGCAUCCACGUCUGCACUCUUGUAAGCACGGAAAAAGAGUGCCAAGAAAUGUACGAUUCAUUCGCAUGUACGGCCCUGAAUUCGGCUCUCUAUUAGAAGAAGGUAGCCACAUUGUUAUUGGACGGAUUACGCAUUUAGGAAAACCUUUGCAAAUAUGUAAACUGCAAAUAUAUGUAGUGCCUCAAAGCUGUCCUACGCCCGAUAAUUUGGUUAUACAUUGUGAAAAGGGAAGUAAAACAUGUAAUUUUACGUGUCGAUACCCCGACCAGCAAUUAUAUGGCGAAAAAACUUUAACUUGUGGAGAAAAUAUGAAGUGGAAUGGAAAUCUUCCCAUUUGUAAAGCUCGAACUUGGUGUAAACCCCCAACACCACCAGAUUAUGGUCGUAUAAGUUGUAAAGGUGGUACAUCUUACAACGGCUCCCGUCUACUUGAAGGAUCAACCUGCCGAGUUCGGUGCAGUCAUGGCUGGCGUUGGAUUCCCAGAGUGACCGCUGUCUGUCGCCGUGGGUCUUGGACCCAUGCGCUCACUUGUCAACCAAGAAGAAAUUAAGGAAACAGUUUCUAUCGAUUUAUUGAACAUGUAGACAAUAACUAUACCUCUACAUAGUAUCUCAAAACAAACGUUUUAUCAACAGGGGUUUUUUUUAUUAUUUAUGGAUAUCAGAAUGUAUAGUUAUUAAUUUCUGAAGCCGCUAUUUACAAACUAUAUUUCUUUGUCUUACUGAAAGUGAAAAAGACGUAUUGGAAGAUUUACCUGAAAAAGAUAAAAUUCUCUGAUCUAUGUUUGUUUUAAUGGAUUUUACGAACGUUUAUCAAUCCCUUCCUUAAUUUCGUGAAAUCAAGGGAUGAUGAUAUGAUUUGUAAUGAAUUUGUAAAACGGACAAACACGAAUGGUGAAAAAAGUUGUCAUUUUACACCUUUAGUAUAUAUAGAUUUGACUCAAAACUGGCAAAAUACCGACUGAAAUAUUAUAUAUGUAUAUAUGUAUAUAUAUAUAUAUAUAUAUAUACAUAUAUAUAUAUAUAUAUAUAUAUAUAAUAUACACGUAUACAUAUACAUAUAUUAGAAUAUUUUUUAAUAAAAGUAAAAAAGAAAAUCUCCUUCAGAAAAUCAUAUCUACUUAAAAAUAAAUAGUUAUGUAUAGUGUAAUUAUAACCAUUAGUAGUACCGCAUUCGAGUAUUCUGACAUUUUCCUAUGAUUGACUGGGAGAGAAUGCUUUUAGCAUUAAGUCCGCCAUGUACACAUACAUAUUUGUACUAAUGAAUAAAUAAAAUAAUAAAUAAACCAUUAUAGAAAAAAUAUUUAAACAUUGUCUUAUCAUUAAAUGCAAGACGUAAAUGA